AUGUCAGCAGCAGAAGCUCCACCUUUCCAAGAAGCAGCGCGAUGCGUUGUCUGCAAUUGCGGUUUCAACACCUUCAGAAGAAGGCAUCAUUGUCGAUCCUGUGGGAGAACAUUGUGCAAUGAACAUUCAUCUAAUCAAAUGGCUUUACCACAAUUUGGCAUUUAUUCAAAUGUCAGAGUAUGUGCUGAUUGUUUCAACAACUCACGGUCUGGAAAGGAUGUACCACAGGGUUCUUCAGAUGGAGCUAACAGUGUGACAGAUACAAUUUCUAAAUUAGAUAUUAAUGCACUUGUUGAUUCAAAAUCCAUACCAACUGCAAAUAAUAAUUUUGUAUCAAGCAUUAAAGAGUGUAAGUGUGGAAUGCCACUUUGCAUUUGUGAAGCUCCAGCACCUUCCUCCGAGGCACCCUCCCAACAGAGUAAACCCAACCCAGUUAUUGCAGCUCCUCCAUCAAAUCCUAAACCUAAGAAAACAGAUACUGUUCCGAAAAAUAGAAGCUCCAGUUCAACUAGCAAAUUUAGCUGGGACGAUAUAGGCAUUUUCUCUGUCUCGUCAUUUGAAACUCGAAAGCUAAGAAAGCAAGCAAUUCCCAGAAUGUUAAGUUCUAUGAAUGGUUCCUCAGCCAGACCUCAGAUUGAUUAUGAAGUUAGUGGAGAGGGUUUAAGAGAAGCAAUAAAAAAUGGUGACAUUGCUGCUGUUAAGAAACUUCUUAAUGAGGGUGUGGAUGCAAAUUACAAGGACAAGCAAGGACUGUCUUUAAUACAUUUGGCUGCAGUCUUCAAUCAAACUGAUAUAGUAUUCACUCUCAUGGAUUCGGGGGCAAGUCUGGAAUGCAAAAAUGCACAAGGCAAUUAA